GCGGGAGGGGCGGGGAGGGGGCGCCGGCCCGGGGCGGCACCGCUCGGCUCGGCUCGGCUGGAAUUGGCCCCACUCACUCGACUCCGCUCGACCCCAGUCCGGUUCGGCUGGACUCGGCCCGGCCCGGCCCGGCCCGGCCCGCGGCAGGGGCUCACGGCCGGGGCCGGGGCCGGCAGCGCGGGCCUGAUCCGGAGGCAGGAAGCGUCCCAGGUUCCCGACCUGAGCCUGCGGCGGGGCCCGGAGCGGUGAGAGGGAUCCUGGGCCUGUCCGGUGCCAAAGAUGUUUCCUCAGAACCGGCCCCCGGCCCAUCUCCAGGCACCUUCCGCUGCCUCAGGAGCCACUGUCACUGCCAGUGCCAUCCACAGCACCCCUCAGUCCCUCAAGCUGACCUACCCGGAGACCUUGGACCGCAUCAAGGAGGAGUUCCAGUUCCUGCAGAACCAAUACCACAGCUUGAAGUUAGAAUGUGAAAAGCUGGCAACAGAAAAAACAGAACUCCAGCGUCAUUAUGUCAUGUACUACGAGAUGUCCUAUGGCCUGAACAUCGAGAUGCACAAACAGACGGAGAUCGCGAAGCGGCUCAACGUGAUCUGUGCCCAGCUCAUCCCGUUCCUGUCUCAGGAGCACCAGCAGCAGGUGGUUCAGGCCGUGGAGCGAGCGAAGCAGGUGACUAUGACCGACCUGAACGCGGCCAUCGGGCACCAGCUCCAGACCCAGCACCUCUCUCACCACGCUCCCCCCAUUCCGCUGACCCCCCACCCCUCUGGGAUGCAGCCCACCAGUCUUGCAGGCAUCGGCAGUGCCUCGGGACUGCUGGCACUCUCAGGGGCACUGGGGGCCCAGGCCCAGCUCCUCGCCAAGGAUGACCGAGGAGUCCAUGACACUGAGCCCAGAGAGCGGGACCCCGGCCCCAGCUCCCUGGCGCUGCCCAACGGGGAGCGGGCACGAGCCAUCUCUGAGUACCUGAGCAGCAGUAAGAAAAGGAAGGUGGAGGAGAAGGACUUUGUUACAGACUACGGCAGCGACGCAGACAAAAGCGAAGACAAUUUGGUGGUGGAUGAGGACCCCUCUUCCCCGCACAGUGUCCACUCCUACUCAUCCCGGGAGAAUGCGGUGGAGAAGGUCCCACUGGGGAGGAAGGAGACUGUUCCACUCAGCCCGACCUCCAUGGGCUCCUCGAGCAGCACGUCCCCAUCACAGAGCAAGGAUGCACCCACGGUGGAGAAGGCAGGGACACCUAGCCUGAAGUCCAGCACCCCCACCUCCCAGGGUGACGCUGUGGUCCCAGGCUCCAGCAGUGCCCAGCAGUUCCGUCCCUCUGCUGCCAAGGCCCCUGUGGAUCCCCUGGCCCUGGGCCUAAGGACCCCGCUGGGGGUGCAGAGCCCCUACUCAGCCGCCUUCAGCAUGGCCCACCCUGCCGUUAAUGGGGACAUGGCCGGGACCGGAGCCUACACCAGCCUCCACCUCAUGUCCCCACAGCUCAACGGGGCUGCAGCCACCGUGGGAGCUGGCAGCUACGGGCGCUCCCCCCUGGUGGGCUAUGACCCGCACCCCCACAUGCGCAUCCCAGGGCUCGCAGCUGGCAUCCAAGUGGGGACGUCAGGGAAACCUGCCUACUCCUUCCAUGUCAGUGCCGAUGGGCAGAUGCAGCCGGUGCCUUUCCCACCCGACGCCCUCAUCGGCUCCGGCAUCCCCCGCCACGCGCGGCAGCUCCACACCCUGACCCACGGCGAGGUGGUCUGCGCUGUCACCAUCAGCAACUCCACACGACAUGUCUACACUGGGGGCAAGGGCUGUGUGAAGGUGUGGGACGUGGGGCAGCCGGGCACCAAGACGGCCGUGGCUCAGCUGGACUGCUUGAACCGCGACAACUACAUCCGCUCCUGCAAGCUGCUGCCCGAUGGCCGCAGCCUGAUUGUGGGGGGCGAGGCCAGCACCCUCUCCAUCUGGGACCUGGCAGCCCCCACGCCCCGCAUCAAGGCCGAGCUCACCUCCUCUGCCCCUGCCUGCUAUGCCCUGGCCAUCAGCCCCGAUGCCAAAGUCUGCUUUUCCUGCUGCAGUGAUGGCAACAUCGUGGUGUGGGACCUGCAGAACCAGACCUUGGUCAGUUUCAAGGACACACGGAUGGUGCCAGCUGCAUUGACAUCUCCAAUGAUGGCACCAAGCUGUGGACAGGAGGGCUGGACAACACGGUGCGGUGCUGGGACCUGCGGGAGGGGCGUCAGCUGCAGCAGCAUGACUUCAGCUCCCAGAUCUUCUCCCUGGGGUACUGCCCAACAGGAGAGUGGCUGGCAGUGGGCAUGGAGAGCAGCAAUGUGGAGAUCCUGCAUGUCACCAAGCCAGACAAGUACCAGCUGCACCUCCACGAGAGCUGUGUCCUCUCCCUCAAGUUUGCCUCCUGUGGUAGGGACCAGCCCUGCUUGUGCUUGGGCUGCGUCCAGCCCAGGGAAGUGGUUCGUGAGCACGGGGAAGGACAACCUGCUGAACGCCUGGCGGACGCCCUAUGGAGCCAGCAUCUUCCAGUCAAAGGAAACCUCCUCUGUCCUCAGCUGUGAUGUCUCCACGGAUGACCAGUUCAUCGUCACUGGCUCAGGGGACAAGAAAGCUACAGUUUAUGAGGUCAUUUACUGAGCGCGAGAUUUGCCAACUGCAGGGAGGCCCCACGCCAUGUGGACAGGAGCACAUCCAUGUGGACCGAUGGGUGGACCCUACCUGCCCUGCUGCUCACUUCCCAAGGAGUGUGCAGACCAUGGCUGAGGAGCACGGCGAGGGGCUGAGUUGGCCCUGGGACCGGGCCAGGCCCCAUGCUGGGCUGGGAGGUGGCAGCUGCUGCUUGCCAUGAACUUCCUGGGGAGUUUCUCCUUGUUUUGUUCUUUUUUUGUUGUUUUAUUUCUAAUUCUGGACUGGGGGAGUCGGGGUGGGAGGGCCUGGUGUUGUUAGGGUCUUUUGGUUGGUUGGUUGUGGGAUUUUUUGGUACAAGUUUUUUGUUUUUUUUUUUCCUUUAAAACUUCUUGGUGUGAUUUUUUUUUUUUUUCUGUUGUUCAGGCUCUGGGCCAGGCGGGGGAGGAUGGGCUGUGUCCUUAUCUCCCUCUCUGCUUCCUGGGGUUUAUUUAAUAAUAAAAAGAAACAAGACCAGCUA